CUAAAAAAUGAAAAUCAUUCGCAGAAAAAAAAUGGCUUGCAACUCAGCAAGCUGCGAGUCCGGUUGCUACAAAGACGACGAGAGGCCCGUGGCUGCCAACGGAAACGCCUCAAAUCCAAGGCGCGGCGGUGUUAAUGUUCCCGGAGUAUGCCUCAAGUGCAAGAUCAACCAAACCAUCGCCGUUACUCACCCCGCCGUCGCUGGCAGUGCCGGAGAGGGCGGGAGGUUCUGCGCCGAUUGCUUCCGUAGCAAUUUGCUCGGGAAGUUUCGGUUCGCCGUUACCUCUAAUGCGAUGAUCUCCCCUUCCGAUAACAUUCUCGUCGCCUUCUCUGGUGGUUCCGCCUCUAGGGUGGCUCUUCAAUUUGUUCAUGAGAUGCAACAAAAAGCACAGAAGAAUUUUGAUGCAAGUAGAGAACGGGAACGGGUAUUACCAGUGUUUGGAGUUGGGGUCGCCUACAUUGAUGAAACUACCAUGUGUGCAGAAGCAUCUAGUGAAUUUGGUGAAGCAGCGAAUGAGGUGGAACUCAUUGUGUCAAAUCUAACUCCACCAACCAAACAGUUUCUUGCUAUUCCUACGGAGAGUAUCUAUUCGCCCGAGUUGGCUGUUGGGAGAGACAGUUUGAAAAGGUUGGGUGAUGUUGUCAGAGAUCUCACUGGGAAAGAAGAUCUCAAUAAGCAUCUGCGCAUGUUGAGUUUGCAAAAGGCUGCUUUCGACAAUGGAUAUAAUAAAAUUGUCCUGGGGACGUGCACUUCCCGGAUAGCUUGCCAUGUUCUUGAAGCAACUGUCAAGGGACAGGGUUUCUCGUUAGCUGCAGAUAUACAAUACGUUGAUGCAAGGUGGAAGGUGCCAGUGGUGCUUCCUCUUCGUGACUGUCUGUCCGAAGAAUUGAAUAUGCUAUGCAGUCUGGACAGUUUAAAGACUGUAGAAGCAUCUCAGCAACCUCGUGCUGGCAUUAAUGGAUUGAUAUCGUCGUUUGUAAAACUAUUGCAGGAGGAGAAUCCUUCACGUGAAAGUACAAUUGUAAGGACAGCCGGGAAACUCACGCCUUUCUCUUUCAAUAAAACUCCAGAAGUUGAUGACCCCAACGAACGUUUGGCUACUAAGAGGAGGCAAAAGAAAUACAACUUGAAGCCCGAUAAAUCUCAACCCCCGGAGUCAUUUUGCCUCGUAUGCAGUAGUCCACUUAAGAAAUCCAACACUUCAGGCCUGAAUGGGCUUGCCCUUGAGGAAACUAGUGCUGUGAUUUAUGCAGCUGCAUGCUCGAGCUGCCAGUAUCAGAUCCUUCCAAAGGAUACCUCAUCUAUGGAGCACUUUCUUUCUCUGCUUCCUCAGUCCAUUACAACCCUGGCUAAGGAUAGCAGUGACAGCCACAUGUUUCUAAGGGAGCAAAUACAAGAUCUUCUGUUAUCAGACAGUGAUGACGGGACCUAAAGAUGAUGUUGGAGGAUUUGGCCUUCACAUUCCAACUGGGAAAGAACAAGACUCACCCACAGAUGGAGGCAGGACUGGGGCGAGCUUAGGGAAGCUUUCAAUUUUGGGCUCUGACUUAGUUCUACGGUUCUCAGAAAACAGGCUUAUUUAUUAAGCAUUUUCGUACUCAAGAUUGCAUGAUG